UCGUCAGGAAGCAGCAGCCCACAUUAGGAAAUGUUUUCCCAGAGGCUCGACUGCCGCUGUCCCAACUGUUGUAACGGUUCUAACGGUAAUGGCUCAGGCUAAGAUCCAGGCCAAACUAAACGAAGCUCCACGCGGGAAGUUCAGCAGGACCCUGUCCAUGGCAGACCGCUCCGGGCGGCUGCUGGAGACUCUGGAUCAGCUGGAGAUGAGGGUGGAGGCUUUACGAGAAGCUGCUUCGGCCAUGGAGCAGGAGAAGGAGUCCAUCCUGGAAAUGAUCCAGUCCAUCCAGAACAGCCAGGAAAUGCGCAACAUCUGUGCCGGGGAAAGAGAAGAAUUAUCUUUAACUGCAAACCGUCUAAUGGGCCGGACACUGUCUGUGGAGAUCUCAGUCGGAGUUGUCAGAAACCCCCAGCAGCAGGAGGCAUUGGACAAGGUCACAUCGAUAAUAGACGAAAUAGUCCACAAGUUGCUAGAUGACAUGGACGGCGGGCGGAAGCGACUGCUUGCCCUGCACGCAGCCUGCGUGACGGAGGCACCACCUGUCCCCAUCGACCAGAAGUUUCAGGCCAUUGUGAUCAGCUGUGCUCUGGAGGAUCAGAAGAAGAUCAAGCGGCGUUUGGAGACAUUGUUGAGGAACGUCGAGAAUGCUGAAAAAAACAUCAAGAUCAUGGAUCAUCAAAAACUGGACUCCCCAGCAGCUGCAAAUGGCAGUCAGUGACAACUGUCACUGCACGUGAAACACAACUAACCACACAAGAACUGCUUUAUUUGUGUACUUUUAAAGUUGGAGAACUUGAACUGUAGCAGGAAAACCAAUCACCGUGAGAACAUUAUAGCUGUAUCAGGGCCAAAAAAAAAAAAGGUACGAGUGAGCAGUAUCAUCAUCACGGUCCGUUAUUUCUGACCACAGUUUUGUGUUUUUCAAACCUUUGUAGUUUCUUAACACAUUUAUCUAACUCUAUGAAAAAAUGAAACAGCAACAAUGCUGGAUCACUGGCAGAGUGCAGGAGGAUUGAUUACAAUAAAAAGGCCAGUGCUGAUAAUUAACUUUUGGAACAACCUAUCGAGAUUUUACUCACUGGUUUACACUUUAUCGCAGUGUGUAUUCACUUGAUCGGGUGCUCAGUGAAGUCUCAUUGCUUCAAUAUUUAAAUUAAUAUUUGAGAAUGCCUUACAAACUUUAAAGCUACAGUUUGUAGGUUUUAGAGUCAUCUAGUGGUGAGGCUGGAGACUGCAUUAUACCUUAACCUGCAAUAGCCACCAGUAGUGUAUGGGGAAGCAAGCACUUAUUUGUCACCUUUUUUCUUCAAUCUUCUAACUGCACUGCAAAAUGUGAAAGGUGGAGUAUGUAUGUACCUUUUGGGCUACUGUAUGAACAUGGUAGUGCAACAUGGCGGCCUCUGUGAGAGGGGGCGUUCCCAUGUAGACAAAGGUCUCCUAAGCUCAUGAAAACAUGUCGAUUUGUUGGUACAGGUAAAUUAUACACUAAUAAACCAAUGAUUAUGAAUGCUAAGAAUAAA